AUAAUUCUAUCAGUCUUGUUACCAACUGAUGUGAAUAAUUUAAAUAGUUUCUUUAAUAUUAAUAAUUCGGUGUAUUAUCCGAAUAGCACUCAAAAUUCUAAAUUUAUUAGUGACUUAGUUAGUAUUGUUACUAUUAAUGGUUUUGACGGAAUUGAUAUUGAUUAUCCUUAUAAACUUCCAUGCGGUCCAUCCGGAUUUGUUACUGUUUUUUCAAGUUUCUUAACUGGCAUAUCAGCAAAAUUAUUUGGUAGUGGUAAGAGUUUAACGAUUACGGCAGGCCAAUAUCCUAUAAAUAUAACCUAUGAUAUCAUUGAUUUUGUAAAUAUUCAGGCAUUUCAUCUAAAUAUAAAUGACACAACUACAAGUGCUGGAGUAGACAAAAUCUCACAAAUUUUGAGUUCUUGGAAUAAUUUUGUAAAUUAUUCAAAACUCGUGUUAGGCGUUGAAUUCGGUGGCAUUGUUGAAGUUGUUUCUGAUGAUAGUAAUAAUAUUAAAUCGGACAUUGAGAAUCAUAAACUUCGACCAGUGAACAACCCAAAUUUUAAUUUCCCUUUUGCUAAUGAACAGAUUCCAGAUCUGUGUAAAUCCUCAUCAUAUGCAUAUUUGUCAUGGGAAAAUUUAAAUAGUUUAUUAUCACCAUCUUCUUGUCCUACAAAUUUAACUUCAUCGCCAGCAUGGACCUAUGGCUUUGUUAACAAUGCGAAACAACCAUAUCUUUACCAGCAACCAAAUUCGUCUAAUCCUAAUCCGAAUAACCCGUUUUCAAGAUUCUAUGUUGCUUUCUAUGAAGAUUAUCAAUCGUUAAAUGCUAAACUCAACUAUAUAAAAAAUAAUAAUUUAUUCGGAGUUGCGAUUGCAGACAUCACCAAAGAUUCGAAAGAUUUACAAUUGACAAAUUUUAUUUUGGGAAUUCAACCAAGUAAGCCGGGAGAAAACGGAAUUUCAACCAUCUCUCCACCUCCAUCUCCGUCCAAUACAGGUGCAAUAGUGGGUGGUGUAAUAGGCUCCAUUAUGUUUGUUAGUGCAUUAGUAGCUGUUGGCAUCAUAUUGUAUCGAAGAAGGCACGAAGCAAAAAUGUCUAAUCCACUUAUAAAUACAAAUAAUCAGGCUUGCUUGGAUACAAAUCCUCAGGUUUACUCUGAUAUAAAUCCUCAGAAAAUGUAUACCCUUAAGAAAGAGUAA